AUGGCGGCGGUUAUACUGGAAAGUUUGGGUGCGUUAUGGGUGCAGAAUCUCAGGGGGAAGCUGGCCUUGGGGCUUUUUUCAUCUCACAGCAUUUUACCUCAAUCACAUAUCCACACAAGUGCUUCUCUUGAAAUAUCUCGAAAAUGGGAGAAGAAGAAUAAAAUUGUUUAUCCUCCACAACUGCCUGGAGAACCUCGGAGACCAGCUGAAAUAUACCAUUGUCGAAGACAAAUAAAGUACAGCAAAGACAAGAUGUGGUAUUUGGCGAAAUUGAUACGAGGAAUGUCAAUUGACCAGGCUCUGGCUCAAUUGGAAUUCAGUGACAAAAAAGGAGCCCAGAUAAUUAAAGAGGUUCUCUUAGAAGCACAAGAUAUGGCAGUAAGAGACCACAAUGUGGAAUUCAGAUCCAAUUUAUAUAUAGCUGAGUCCACCUCAGGGCGGGGCCAAUACCUGAAACGCAUCCGAUACCACGGCAGAGGUCGCUUUGGGAUUAUGGAGAAGGUUUUUUGCCAUUAUUUUGUGAAGUUGGUGGAAGGCCCUCCACCUCCACCUGAGGCACCAAAGACAGCAGUAACCCACGCCAAAGAGUAUAUCCAGGAGCUUCGCAACCGGACCAUCAUUCAUGCUCUAUGA